CUGAACAAGGAAUCCGAGAUGGAGGAGCUGGAGUCCAACCACCGCGUGGAGGUGAAGGUGUACCUGCAGCGCGUGAAGCACCUGGAAUACGAGCUGGAGCGGACGGACAUCGACAUCGAGCGGGACGGGAACGAGGCCAAGCUGCGGGAAAAGCAGUACUUCGACCGGCGCACCGAGAAGAUGAAGGAGGAAAAGAAGCUCUUCAAGGAGAACUAUGGAAAAUUCGAGAAGAACUACAUCCUCACCUCCGACGACCUGGAGAAGGAGCAGCGCCUGGCCGAGGAGGUCAACCGCAAGGAGAACAAGAGCAUCCUCCAGGAGCUCGAGCACAAGUACCAGACCCGCUACGAGCGCCUGGUCGAGGACCUCGAGCUCAAGUUCAAAGUCGACCAGCACGAGCUCGAGGAGCGCAAGAACCUGCACAUCAACGAGUUGGUGCGGAACUUCGAAGAGGCCUUCGCGAACCUCAAGGCCUACAACAACGAAACCACAUCCGACAAACCUGCGGUCGCCAACACCAAGCGCCUCAUCGCCGAGCUGACCGAGAGCAACAAAAACGAAAAGGGCCCGCUCGAGCGACUCCGCAAGAAGAAGGCUGACAAGAUGCUCAAGCUCAAGUACUUCGAGAAAGAGAAGAACAGUCUCCAGAACUACAAGAGCAAGCUCCACGUCCUCAAGGAAAAGCGCCUCCGCCUUCACAAGGAGCGCAAGGACCUGGAUGACGAGAUCGACCGGCUGGAGCAGGUCAAGAAGCACGCCGAGCUGAAGAACGUGAUCCUGAACCAGCGGCUGGAGAGCCUGGCCGAAAAGCUCGAGGAGAAGGAAGUCAACAUGACCCGCAUCACCCAGAUCAGCCCCAUCGACCGCGCAGUCGAAGACAUCCGCAGGAAGGUCUACCAGUAGCUCGAGGAGAAGAACGCCACCAUCCGCAACCUCCAGUACACGAUCCACCACGCCACCAAGGCCUACAACGACGCCAUCCGCGUCUACGAGACCAAGCUCGUCGAGUUCGGCAUCCCCGAGGAGGAGCUGGGCUUCCAGCCCCUCGAGACGCCCACCUCGACCAUGCCGGCCGGGCUGGUCGCUUCCUGA